AUGGAUGUCGCCGUGGCGAAGCAACUCAGGCGGAUCCGCACGCUGGGCCGCGGCGCGUCUGGCGCCGUCGUGUGGCUCGCGUCCGACGAGGCCUCGGGGAAGCUCCUGGCCGUCAAGUCCGCCGCCGCCGGUGGCGCGGCGCAGCUGGAGCGCGAGGGCAGCGUGCUCACCGGGCUCUGCUCGCCGCACAUCAUCCCCUGCCUCGGCUCCCGCGCCGCGGAGUGCGGCGAGUACCAGCUCUUCCUCGAGUUCGCGCCCGGCGGCUCGCUCGCGGAUGAGGCCGCCAGGAGCGGGGGCUGCCUCCCGGAGCCCGCCAUCCGGGCGUACGCCGGGGACGUGGCCAGGGGGCUGGAGUACCUCCAUGCGAGGUCGCUGGUCCACGGGGACGUGAAGGCACGGAACGUGGUGAUCGGCGGCGACGGCCGCGCCAGGCUCACCGACUUCGGCUGCGCGAGGGCCGUGGACUCCCUGCUCCCGAUGGGCGGCACGCCGGCGUUCAUGGCGCCGGAGGUCGCGCGCGGCGAGGAGCAGGGGCCGGCGUCCGACGUGUGGGCGCUCGGCUGCACCGUCGUCGAGAUGGCCACUGGCCGCGCGCCAUGGAGCGACAUGAACGAUCUGCUCGCGGCCGUGCACCGGAUCGGGUACACCGCCGCCGUGCCGGAGGUGCCGGGGUGGCUCUCCGCGGAGGCCAAGGACUUCUUGGACGGAUGCUUCAGGAGGCAGCCCAGCGACAGGUCCACCGGAGCGCAGCUCUUGGAUCACCCGUUCGUUGCUUCCGCCGCUGCCGCCUGCGACUACAAGGCCGCGCCGGCGAAGCAACAAUACACGUCUCCCAAGAGCACGCUGCAGGACGCACUCUGGGACUCGGACACCGACGACGAGGAGGCGGACGAAACGCCGGCCGAGAGGAUCGGGGCAUUGGCCUGCGGCAACUCGGCCUUGCCGGACUGGGACUCGGAAGAUGGCUGGAUCGAUGUGUGCCACCAGGUCCACAGAGGCGCUGACUCGCCGCCGGCCGAUGUGGGUUACGACCUCGUUUGGCCCGAAGAAUCAGACGCGGAGCGCGAGCCGUCUGCGGUUGCUGCUGACGACAGCAACGGCAUACCGCGCAAUGCAGUGGUGACCGACUCUUCCAUUUGGCAGUACAGUUACCUGUAG